AUGGUGGUCGAUGAACUGGCGGUGAUCCGAGCCAACUGUCCGAAUGAGUCAGCGGGGAUCAGGGCCGAAGCUAUGAGUCAGCCAACAUCGAUCCCAGCCUAUUCCCCACAUCAACCGGUGGCAUCUCUGGAUGAGGGGCCAAUACUGAUUCCUGGCGACGAUUUGGGUGCCACCGAAAAGAAGCUCGAUGGUAUCACCAGUCAGGAGAAUGCUAUCGAUGGUGGACAGUUCGGCCGGAACCCAAUUGAUAUCGUUUGUCCCUACUGUAACCUCCCCAAAAUAUUCAGCGUCAAUCAACAUAUACGGGACGGUUCCCGGUUUGGGUUGUGCCCACUCAUGCCGAAAAAAGUCUCGGUUAAGAUGGAGCUGAAGCAGGAGGCGACCAAAAGGCUAUCGAACUUGAUCGUUGUCAGUGUCCCAUCGAGUAACAAGCAACGGUGCGGGUAUUGUGGCCUCUUGGUUGGUACUGUGCUUCAAGAUUCAGCGGAUGGGACUAUACUAUCUCCCCAUGAGAAGUUCCAGGACGACGAGCUUGGUGGAAAACUGUCUUGGUAUUGUCCGGUUGCACCAAGUCAUCCACCUGAGAAGUACCAGAGGCUCAAACAGGAGAAGGAUGCGCGAGAGCGAGCUCGGCAAGAUCGCAAGAACGCUUGGAAGCGCGAGCGAUACCAAGAGAAGAGGCGAUUACGGCACGCCGAGAGGAAAAAAAGAAUACAAGGCACUUAUGCUCCAAGUCGUUCUUCGAACAUGAAUUCUUCCUCUGAUAUAUGACAUCACCGCGGUUCUCGCUUGCUCUCGACCAUCGACCACUAAUGAUGCAGCUACAGAGCAAUAUUUUGAAAUG